AUGAAUUGUUUAUUCAUUUUUGUACUUCUUGUUAUUGCAAAUGCCGAAUGUGGUGAACGUAAAUUAAAAAAGUUUCUUAUUGUAUUUAAAGAUUGUGAAAAUUAUUAUGAUCCAUGUGAUUGUUUGAAACGAAAAGAAUAUUACUUAAAAGAAAACGAGUGUAAUGAAACUGAAGAAUAUAAACAAGUAACUUCUGCUCUUCAAAGUUGUGGUGAACCAAAAGAAGGAAGUUGUUUGUAUCAAAAAGAUUAUGAGUGUAGAAUUGUUCAUAGUGGAUGUCUUGACGUUGUUUCACUUGGUCUUGGCGGAUCAAAACAACACUGUCUUGAAAAAUUUGCAGAAUGUUUAAAAAAUGCUCAUUGUGAAAACUUACCAAUGUAUCAACAAGCCACAGAAAUUCUUACCCAUCCAGACCAAUAUGCUGAACAAUUAAAAACUGUUCCACAAAAUAAAGAUUCUCAACCACCAAUGGCAGAUCAACCAAAAGAAGAUCAACCAAAAGAAGAUCAACCAAAAGAAGAUCAACCAAAAGCUGAGUUAUAA